AAAAUUCAAACCAUAGCUUCGUGAUGAGCAAUAUUUCGUUUGUUUGUUUUUUUUAAUAUGGUCUGACAUUUCCCUUAAUUGAGUAAUAAAGUUUUUGUAAUAAAGAAAUGUGUCUCUGAAGAAACGUGUUUGUAGUUGGUAGCUUCGCAACGACAAAUUGUUUAAGAUUUAAUUAAAUGCAAAUCAUAGUUUGAGAAUAUUUCCGCAUCGAUAUUAGCGCCAAGUUUCGGCGACUAAUCGGGCUGCAGCCUGCUGCGAGAAAUUAAAAGCAAAAAAAAGAAAAAACAUUCUCAGAAGAGGACCAACUCAGAAGGGUAUAACUCAUAAACACCCUAAGGCACCUAUACUCUUUUGGUGCCUUGGCAAUUGCAAUUGGCAUAAACAGAGAAUGAGUAGAUGACAAAUGUAGAGCAUAGUGAAGGUCAGAAAUGUGCCAACAAUCAAAUUUCAUCUGUGUUGAAAGAAAAGCUCAAGACAUUUAUGGAAAUGCAAUUAAGUUAAGAACCAUCACACACAAACGAUCAGAUUACAAGGAAUACAUCAUAUCAAAAGAAGCAUUUAGUAUUAAAAGAUGGCUCAUUCUAAUGAUGGUUUUCAGUUCCUUUGCCUUUUAUUGUGAAUUCUAUAAUACUGAUACAAGCUACCUUGGAAUUUUUUUAAUUAUCUUGUGCUUUGUUUUGAUACUCAAGUUGCAUCUUAAAGUAAAAGAAGAAUCUUUACUAGUAAUUGCCUCCCUUGGACUUCAGUUAACAACUACCUUUGUUACUGGUAGAAAAGCUUCACAGUUUUUUCACCGACAUGAUGUUUAUGAUAUAGUUAUUAAUGAAGGUUUCUUCAUGCAAAGAAUAAUAUUUUACUUGGCCAUUUUGUUACAAGAUAUGAAAGACCCAUUGAAAAUUAGCAGCAUUGUUCCCCUUUUUCAGUACACUUUUCCAAGAUUGAAUUGCUUAGAAAAGAUCUACAAUGGAGUACAAGCUUCUUUGCAAACGUCUUAACAUUUAUAUUGAUGUCUUGGAUUAAUUUAUUCUGUUUUGUACAACUUUAUUGUAAACAAAAUAUAUUUGUUAAAAUUAGUGAUCAGCAAAGCUCAGUGCUGAACUUUGCUAAACUUUUUACUAAUAUGUGCUUCCUUUCAUUCAUGUAUUGUACAUAGCAUUUGAACUUUGAAUGUACUUUGUAGAAUUUAUAAUGAGCAAUGUAAUAUCUUAUAAAGUCUUAAAUAUU